UCUUUUUUUGUAUUUGUAUUUGUUUUGGUUAAAAAAAAAAUUAAUUUUAGGCUAGCUCUUGACAUGGCAAUCAGGUUUUUUCCAGCGGAUAAAUAAUUUAAACUGAAAAUGAGAAACGAGAUUCGACAGAGAAUCUCCACCAGUUUAUGAGCUGUAGAUGUGACGUCACGCACUCACUGAGGGUUAAAAUAGUUAUCGACGCCGCGUGUUUACCCUGAAUACGUUUUAGUGAGUUGAAGUGAAUCGUAGCAGCUUUGAAACGUGAAAACACCACGCAGGAUCGUCUGAUAUUUUUCUCUACGUAAUUCUGGGAUUUGACAGCAUUUCCUUUGGGGAUCGGUAAACCAUAGCUGACCAUAUCGCUUGGGGAAAUCAGCAUGACGAAUAAGCGAUCACUGGAGCGUUGUAGUUGCACGGAUUAUUUUGAUGCUGCUGUGCUAGACGCAUUUCCAAGGAAGAGGACAUCUGUACGCAUUCUGGACGCGGGCGCAGGACGAGGUUCAACCGCGUCUUACCUGCGUUCUAUGGGAUACACCAACAUUGAUGCCUUGACGGUAUCUAAAGAGAGACUUGAUCGUGCAGAGGCAAGUGGACUUUACAGAAACCUUCUUUACACUGCUCUGAAAGCAGAAUCCACUUUGUGCGCCACUGGUGCGUUCGAUGCCAUGAUCUGCGCAGAUGGCGUUUUUCCAGACGAAGUGGACCCUGAUGCAAUGGAUGAGAUGUUGCGCCUUGUCAAGCCAGGUGGUAUUGUGUGCUUCACAAUGAACGCAGCGCAAUUUGACAAUGCUCAUAACAGCUUCAGAUUAAAAUGCGAGGACUUCAUUUCAAAGAGAAAAUGGAAAUUAAUAUCACAAGGGAUCACCUCUCAGUCCCAAGGUCCCGAGAAAGACAACAAUAAUCAUCAGCACGAAGAAAGAAACUCUACCGAUAGUUAUGUUUUAGUUUUCGUGGUAAUUGAUAAUUACUGAAACUUCGUAUCUAUAGCCUGGUGUACUGUCAGCUUCGUAAUAUUAUUAACAUCAGGUGCGGAAAUUUUACAGAGAAUGGUGAAAAUAUUAUUAAAUUCAUUUAGUGAUGUUUUGUGGCAGACGUUGCUACACGACCCAUAUUUUUAUCGCUGAAAUGUAUUUUGUCAAAAAUUCACGAGGAAACCUUUUAUGAUCAUAGAAUUGAUAUUAAAUUAAAUUGUUUCAAGUGGUUGUAAAAUGAAAAGAGCGAACCUUUCGCCGUAAAAUUUUUAAGGUGGCUUGCUUUUAUGCAAGUGCGCACGCUCAUUACUUUUCUUGAAACGCUACACUUUCAUUCCGUUUUCUGACUUUAUCAUUUUUAGCUUUUAUGCCUGUUUUGAACUCUUUUUGUGAGGCAACCAUGAGAAAAUAAUGUUUUUUAUCUAUUAGCUCUGUCAAGAAAUAUUUACUUGACAAUUGUCGCGACACGAGUUGGCCGAAAAAAAAAUUAAGAAAAUUUUAAAAAAC